ACGGAAAUGAUCCAACAGGUGCUGGAGGCUCCUGAAAGUCGAUCGUUUGGAUCCAGCAGCAGGGGGACACGGUAGCCCUCUUCUUGGGCAACGAGCCGUGGUUUGUAUGGAUGUGGCUCGCACUGUCCAAGCUGGGAUGCACAGCGUCCUUCCUCAACGUCAACAUAAGAUCCAAAUCCCUGCUGCACUGUUUCUCCUGCUGUGAAGCCAAAGUCCUGAUCGCUGGCGCUGACCUUCAAGGAGCAAUAGAGGAGGUGCUGCCCACUUUGAAGCAGCAGGGUAUCCUUGUGUUUAUCCUCCGUGAGCACUGUCAUGUGGACGGCAUCGAAAGCUUCUCUGACAAAAUUCAGAUGGAGUCAGACGAGCCCCUGUCCCGUCAGCUCAGGGCCAGCAUUAACAUCAAGAGUCCUGCGGUGUACAUCUACACAUCAGGAACCACAG